ACAGGUGUGACUACCUGUAGUCAGGAGGGUUCGCCUCGCUAAGUUAACUACCUUUAACCACCGGAAACCCGUCACACUCUCAAAUAAAGAAGUAAAGGCGUGAAUUCUACGUUUGAAACGCCCACAAGAUAUGGUUUGGGCUGUCCACUCGGUAUGAUUUGAUAGCGAGUGUUGAAAUCUGAGUCACAGCGUACAGGUUAAGCGUGCGUAGCUCGGUUCCUCUUCCGCGAAAAAUACAGUCAUCGAAACCACCAGUUCAACGGCCUUUCUUGGAAGCCCUGACGCCCACAGUGGCACAUUUGAUUUAGCAAUCGUCUCACGUCCACACGCGCUACUCUACAGUGCGUUCUAACACUCCGUAAUCUUUAAAAUCCGUGUCUUGUGACUUGAAGACAUAUUACGGAAAGGUGAGGAAUAGUGGGUUAACCCCCCGUGAAUACUGACGUGACGUAGCUAAGGAGGAAACGGGACCGUGAGGGAAAAAAUGGCGGCUGAGUGGGUCCAACUUGCCGUACUUGUCUUCUGUAGUACGACAAUCACCGUUGUCACUACUAGUGCUGAGGAUGGAUUAGAGAUUCCGUUACAAGGACCACCAGACAAGCCUCUCAAUGUGAGAUUCGAGUCCGUCAAUUUUAACCACACAUUGAGAUGGGACCUGGCACCAAACCACGACAACUCUACUCUCUUUACAGUGCAGUAUAUCGGUGCGAAUCAUCGGGACCCGUACCCGUCCCCGGAAGACUGGCAGGAGAAGGCGAAGUGUAUCAACAUCACUGGUCUGUGCUGUGUGCUGCUGAAUGAGAUAGGGAGGGACGGGAACUGGUGGGCACGUGUGCGCGCUAUCAACUCCUACGGCACCAGCGACUGGGCGGAGAGUAAACUCUUCGAACCGUUCGAGGACACACUGAUAGGUGCCCCGGAUCUGGACAUCCAGGCAGGUGAGGUGACGACAAACAGAAUCGUCCUCCGCGUCAGAGCACCAAAAACGCCUAUCUAUGACAGCGACACCGGGCGGCGAAUGCGCAUUUCUAACAUCUAUACCGGCAUCAAGUGGAACAUCACGUACCAAGAAGUAGGGUCAAGUUUUAAGAUGGAGAAAAUAACAUCAGACAAAGACGUUGUGUUGGAUCAUCUGUACCCGGGGAAACGCUACUGUAUCGCCGUGUAUGGCAGCUACCUGGGCAGGAAAGGGGCAACACGACGGAUAUGUGCGGAUACGAAGGAAGACGUUCCCUCCUCCGGAGCCCGGGAUCUGUUCUCCAGCGUGGAUGACUGUACCCGGUACCCGCUUAGGAACGUCCGACUUACCUGGCAGCCUCCAGUGGAAGAAGAUUGGAAUGGCGAGCUCCUGCAAUACAAGAUCAGUUACCGGGAGAUUGGGAGUUUCUCCAGCGAGAUGACGCAUUCGUUAGUCCCGGCAGGAGUCACCAACUUCACCAUCCGGGACCUGUCGGCGUCCAAGCGGUACGUUGUGGACGUGGCUGCCUGCACUUCCGCCGGAUGUAGUGAAACGCCUCUUCAACACGAAAUGCUGAGGGUUGAACCUUUCCAAACAGCUACAUCGCCGCCGUAUGCUCCAAACGUAAGCGCCUCGCCGCUGUCAUCAACGUCAAUGCAGAUCAGUUGGAGUCCGCUAGAGGACGCCUGUGUGCAGGGGUACAUGGUCCAGUACGCCCCUGGGGUGGAGCCCAUGAAUGUGGACUCCGGCACCACCGUGAACCUGACGGGUCUGUUGCCGGGGACGGAGUACCACGUCUGCGUGAAGGCGCGGCUGGCCUCUGCUGGUGCGCGUGAGUUCGGAGACUGUGCCAGAAAAUCAGGAGUCUAUGCACGGACAAUGGAGUCAGCAGAUGAUGCCAAUAUACUGGUACAGACUGUUGUGCCGAUACUUGCCGUCGUGACGGUCCUGUUGGUUCUCCUGUGUUUCGCCGUCCUGUGGAUGCGAGGCAGUCCCUUCCUCAGCAUCAGCAAAAUCAACAUUGUACUUCCACCUGUUCUGGUGGAAAUUAAAGAGACCAAGGACAGCGCUUGGGAGCCGAUUUCUUCUUCCUCUAACAGUGAGCGCAUGGACGAUCUCGGUUCCCUUCGUACCAGCAUGAUUCGCCAGAAAAGCAAGUUCGUCAAAUCCCUUCAAAAUCUUCCCGACACCUUGACUCUCGAUGACGACGUCUUCGCGGAUGAGAAGAAGAGGCUGCUAAGCUGGAAGUCGGACAAGGACCUGGUGGUGAAGGUGGUGAUUUCUCGGAAGAAGUGCGAAGACAAGGACGAGCCAUCUACUCCGACCAGCACGGAUUCCGGAAACGUUUCCGGACCGUGCUCGCUGAUAACGGAUUCCGGCGGCGACGACGAGGAGUCCGGAUCCGGCGGUUCUGUCACAACGUAUCACCUCGAUUCUCCUGUGAAGAAAAAUUUCCUCGACCCAUCCACGGAGAGUCCACGGGAUUCUAAAAAGCUUGUGGUCCCACAAGCCAUGACAAGCUGGCCGGAGAACCAAACGUCCUCCUCGGAGAUCGAGUCCUACGUGCGGGCCACCGACGGGACAUUUGAAGACGACGCUGACGAAGUUUUCCCCGCAAAGGGAUGCAAAAGUCAGUCCAACCCGUACGUUCUAGCCGAGAACCUACCUCUACUGGCUCCACCAUUCACCCAAGAGUUCAAGCCUAACACAAACCCACGGGUCACCGCCGGCGCACCUCCACCCAACCCCCCGUCUCAAAGGGGGGUGACCGACAUGCCAGUACCGAACUUACUUAGUCAUACGCCUGGAGCAAACUCGAUCCCUACCCAGUCCAUGUCGUCUGGAAGCUCCAUAGAUCCGUACGUGGUGUCGGCAGUCCCUUUACCUCCACCGCCAGUCCCAAGCCCUGCCUCAAACAGAGCUGACGCCUUAGACUCCCCUUCGAGCUCGUCCACCAGCAGUGUAGACCCGUAUGUACAAGCAGCGGCGGGCCCAAGAGGAUGGCAGAAUCAACCAGCAUCUUCUACCGUAAGUUCUCCCUCCAUGUCAUCACAGAGCGACGUCGACCCGUACAUCCAGGCGAGUACUAAUAGACAGGCUAACAGACCUAGCGCCACCCAGCGGCCACCUGAUGGACUGCACCGUCCAAGUAACAACUUGAAUUCCUCAUCAGACACCAGUAGAAAUAGGGAUUAUCAAGAUCCCUGGGUAACAAAGUAGAUAGAGAUUAUCAUAUCCUUAUGGAUCAUGCAUAUAGCAGAAAAAAGGUCGAAAAAUGCAUAAACAUUUCGAGGCUAGGUGUGUAUUUCUCUUAUAAUAUAUGUACUAGUGUAUAUUUCAUAGAUGGAGCUUGUUUUACUGACUUUGUACGUGUUGAUUUUGUCCUCACAAGCUAGAUAUUACCGUUUUAAAAAUACUGACGGGCAAGCCUGUACAUAUAUACGCAAGGCCUGUUACCUAGCUUUGUCUAUGCAUGUCAUUGAGGUACUGCCACAUUAGGUUAUCUGAGGUCAAAAAGUUUAAGCGUCUUUAAAAAAGAUCCAAACUGUACUAAUAAAAAUGAAAGUACAGAUAUCUACAUUUAUUACAUAUCAACGAUAUAAAUACAAUAGAUUACAUAUGUGUCAGGGUAGUUAUGUACGCUCAAAUCAAGACAAAUGUGAUAAGCCAACUUGCAAUUGGGUUCAACAAAACCUUAGCCAAAAAGUCACAAACUUUUAAGAUAUAUGUGGAAAUAAAUAUCAGGUGUUCAUUUUAGUAAUACAUAGUUAUGUAUAACGAUCCAUAAGUCUUGUUAUAUACGUGUAUAUAUGUGUGUUAAACGCUUCAAAACUCUUGGAGAUUAUAAAUAUUAGUACCUCUAGACCAGCAUUGUUGCCCUUCUGAGAUGUAGAGAUUUCUAUUUUGUCAAUUAUUGCAGCAAACAACUAUAUCAUCAUCAUCAUCAACGACAAAUAUAAUGAGCAUAUUACAGAGAAGGUUGAUGAAAUUAUAGCAAAUUUGAUUGUUGAUUUGGGAGCACUGACAUAUGGAUAUUCACAGUCCAUUAAAUAUAUUCUAAGUAUGGACUUUUACGGGUGGAUGUGCGCCAUUCUAUAUCCAGCAAUGUACUUAAAUAUGAAUACUGGCUGUGUACAAAUGUACAAGUAUAAUUAACCUGGUAUACAGUCUGAUUCGUGGUCGGGGCCGCAAGAGCUCUGGCCCGCCCGCAUAAACCAAAUCCCCGAGCAUACUGUCUCUGAUUAGCGUAACACUCCUACCGGGACGGUCUGUUGCACUGGGCGGGGGAAGCUCUUAGAGGCCCCGAAGACACAACCUGCCUAAACACCCCCAAUCACGAUCAGACUGGAUACCAGGCUAAAGUAUAAUGAAUGAUCUAGAGUUUAGGAAACCUAGUCAAGUUGAAUGUCAUACUGUAUAUAUGAGUAUUGAACUGUUUAUUUUAGUGGCCAAUGCCGUAAUCUUGCUACCAUUCUGGUAGAAUUUGUGAAGGAAGAAAUAGACAUCUGGGGGUAUGUUUUAACUUACUGCCAUGUAUGUUUCUGCUAGCUAUAUGUGAGAGUAACCGCCUACACAACGCAGAAAGCGCGUGUAUGCAUAUAUGAUGUUAUUAAACUUAUCCUUGG